AUGGACUACGACAUAGUUUCCAAACCGAGCAUGUUUACCUUUGACAACAUUGCAGACGGCGAGACGGUGCAUCAACGCGCCGUGCUCGUCACAGGCUCCUGCCAGGGGCUCAACGCCAAUGAGGAGACGGUCAAAGUCCUCACCAAAACGUGUCCGCCUGGCCAUAACAUCACCUUCCCGGAGAAUGUAUGGCCUGUGAGUAAUGAAGGAUACUUCAAAGCUCUGGUCCUUGUUUCUCCCGGCGAGAAUGUCGUUGCGUUUGGCGCGGGUGCCCACGAGGCAGAGUUGCGCCUCACUUAUAUCCCACUGACACAGAUGCCGCCUCUGCAUCUCGCUGUCCUAGUUGGCCAGGACUCGCCUCUGCUCGUUGACUGCCCCCCUGCCAAGCACGCCGCUCUCUCGAGCGCACACUCUUCACUCGACGCUGCCGUGGCCAAGUUUCGCGUCACGGCACUCAUGUGGCAGGCUCUCACGGCGUCUGAGCUGCACAAUGCUGGUCUUGGUCGCCGAGCCUUCCGCCUCGAGGAAGAAUGGGGCGUCAACACGCUCAGCAGAACGGCGGAGGAGAAGAUGGGGCUCGUGAUCAGGGUGCACCUGGUCAAGAGCAGCAAGACGGUCAAAGAGCUGCGCGAUAGCCAGCUGGCACAACAGAACCCCAGUGCCCGCCGAGCCAAUGACCUGCACACGAUCUUCAAGCAGGAUUUGUAUAAGUACGGUGCGCCCUUUGUGGCCGAGGCGAAGCCCAUCGUCGCGGGUCUCAUCCUCGAUGCCAAAUACGACAUUGGGCAGGAUCUCAUCCUCGCCCAUGCGGCUCUCGGGUCGCAUGACCCCAAGGGCCUCUCGCUGGGUAUCUUUGGCAGCCAUUUGGCCUACUCGUGGCCGCGGUUCGUCGAGGAAAUCCCUUCAUGCCUCCUCGACACAACACGCCCCGGUGUCACUGUCGGCAACGACAACAACGAGUGCGAGUCCAUGUGGGAGGCCUGCACGGUCGGACAGGGUGCUUUCCUCCACGAAGUGGGCCACGCCUUUGGCGCGCCGCACUCCACUGGUAUCAUGAUGCGCGGGUACUCCCGUGACUGGGCCGUCUGCUUCCUUGCCAGGACGGCCAAGAGCAACAAGACGGGGCAACAAGGGAUGCAUGUCCGCCCGGACACGCGGCACGCCUGUACGUGGGAUCUGGAAGACAUGCUGCGCUUCGCGAACCAACCCCAGUUUGCCCUGCCACAGGAUGAAAAGGUGUCCCGGGAGCCGGCCGAGAUCAAGUUGGAGGAAGAAGACGGCAACGAACCAUUGAUUGUUGUCGCAACUACGUCAAGUCUUGUGCGUAUCAUACUGGAUCAACAGGUGGUGUACAGCCCCAUGCCCAGGGAGCGGACGCAGAGAUUCUCGUGGAAGGUCGACACUCUCCGGGCCCAUUACGAUCGCACCAAGCCACUCGAGUGCCAGGUGCUCACGUCCAACGGCAAGAAGGUGACCCAGAACAUCUGGCAGCUGCUUUUACAAAAUUCCUACGUCCGGAUCCCUGACACGAACAUCAAGCUCCUCAAGAAGUCGAUCGAUGCUCGUGGCAGCGGUGGCACCGAAUUUUGGUCGUGGACCGUCAUGCUCAAGAAGCGCGCACGGGACGGGCGCCUGGUCGCGGCCAACAAGAUCAACCUCGCGGUGGGCUGCAUCCUCGACGGCGCCGAGGUGUACUACAAGGACGGCACCAAGGUCCCCUGCUCGAAACGGUGUCCCCACGAGUCGGAGGAGUACAUGGGCGGCCACCAGGCGAGGAGGCUUGCCCUCCCCAAGGGCGUGGAGAUCACAAAGGUGGCCGUGAUCAAGGCUGGGGAAGGCAACCCGUUGGCGGGCUUGAGGAUGUGGCUGAGCAACGGGGUUGCCAUGGGGGCCCUGAACAAGGAUCAUGGAGCGGAAGUGCGCUAUCUCAAACCGGGCGAGGGGCAGGUCAUCGUCGGCUUUCACGGCUCCAGCGACAAGGGCAGCGGGUACUGCUACGAGUUUGGCAUUGUCACGGCACCUAAGGGGCGUCAGCUCCCCGACAGCGUGUACGACAUGCCCGAGCUCAAGAACGAGUACAAGACAAGAAGUGUGCGGCAGCCCAUGGCCAAGAGGCGCAAGAUUGAAGCGGACCAGCAGUCUGUCACGGAAGGCGAGGAGAGCGAGGAGGAGGAUAUCAGUCAGGAUGAGGAUACCGGUUAUGAUGAUGAUUUUGGGACCGAGUCCGAGUCCGAGUCCGAGUCCGAGUAG